GAGGGGAGCGCCUCCCAAUCCAGAAACCUGCAAGCUCUCCACCCCCGGAAUCGAGGCACAUGUUUGUGGGCAGCCUCUAGGACCCAGGACACCCAGGAAGGUGGAAAGCAGUGCCCCGGAGCUCUUCGCUGCCCGUUCCAGGUCCCAGAAGCUGCCCCAGCGCUCGCAUGGCCCCAAGGACUUCCUCCCCGACGGCUCAGCGGCCCAGGCUGAGCGACUGCGAGUGUGCCGCGAGGAGCUCUGGCAGCUGCUGGCGGAGGAGCGCGUGGAGCGUCUGGGCAGUUUGGUGGCCGCCGAGUGGAGACCGGAAGAAGGCUUCGUGGAGUUGAAGUCUCCUGCGGGUAAAUUCUGGCAGACUAUGGGCUUCUCAGAGCAGGGCCGGCAGCGGCUUCACCCGGAAGAGGCCUUGUAUCUGCUGGAGUGUGGCUCUAUCCAGCUCUUCCACCAAGACCUUCCACUGUCUAUCCAAGAAGCCUACCAGCUGCUGCUGACUGAGGACACUGUGACUUUCCUGCAGUACCAGGUCUUCAGUCACCUGAAGAGACUGGGCUAUGUGCUUCGACGAUUCCAAGCAAGCUCUGUCCUGUCCCCUUACGAGAGGCAGCUGAACUUGGAUGGCAAUGUCCAGCGCUUGGAGGAUCGGAAUGGCAAGAGGAAGAGGAGGAGCUCCAGCUCUCAGUCCAUUAAUAAGAAGCCCAAGGCCCUGGAGAACCCCCUGCAGGGGGUGGAUAGGACACCCGAGAGCCUGGCGACCUCUAGCCCACCUCCCCGCAACCAGAACAGCCGAUGCCCAGAGGAGAAAUCCCAGGAGUCAAGCCCCGUAAAGGGCCCCAUGGGCCCCUUUCAGCUUCUGGGGUCCCUGGAGCCCUGCCCUGGGCUGGCCAGGGAGGGGGUGCGGUGCAGCCAGGAGACUGGCAAAAUGGAGAACGGGGUCAAGGGGGCUUGCAAGCCACGCUGGAACUUUGAGCAGAUCUCCUUCCCCAACAUGGCUUCAGAUAGUCGCCAUACCCUCCUGCUUGCCCCCGCCCCAGAGCUGCUCCCGGCCAACGUGGCAGGGCGGGAGACAGACGCUGAGUCCUGGUGCCAGAAGCUAAACCAGCGGAAGGAGAAGCUCUCCAGGCGGGAACGGGAGCAACAGGCAGAGGAGGCCCAGCACUUCCGGGAGGAUGUAAACUCGGAUCCCGAGGUGCAGCGCUGCUCCAGCUGGCAGGAGUACAAGCAGCUGUUGGAGGGGCGGCACCUGCAGAAGACCCAGAGCCGCCCCCCACACCCGUGGGACCAGCCUGUCUCACCCUUGCUGAGUCCCGGUCAGGCAGACUCCCCAGCCACAGUCCUUCAGCAUAUCUCUGUGCUGCAGACGACACACCUUGCUGAUGGAGGCGCGCGGCUGGUGGAGAAGUCUGGGGGCUUGGAGAUCAGCUUUGAUGUUUACCAGGCCGAUGCCGUGGCCACCUUCCGAAAGAAUAACCCUGGCAAGCCCUAUGUCCGGAUGUGCAUUAGUGGAUUUGAUGAGCCAGUCCCAGACCUCUGCACCCUCAAGCGGUUGUCCUACCAGAGUGGGGAUGUUCCUCUGAUCUUUGCCCUGGUGGAUCACGGAGACAUCUCCUUCUACAGCUUCAGGGACUUCACGCUACCCAGGGAUCUGGAGCACUGACCACGCAGCUCUGGCCGGGCCAGGGGUCUGCUCUGAGGGACCUGGACUGUCUGCUCUCAGGGACCAUCUCAGUUGCCUCCUACACCCAGACUCUGACCUGUAGCUUCAGAGGCUAGUCUGGGCCUUGGCCCUGGGUGUCUGAUGCUUGCAGGAGAGGGGAGCUUUGCCCCCCGCUACCUGGCUGCUGCAGCACUUCCAUGCCCCAGGCCUGAGAUUGCUGCCUUGCAGUAAAUCCCCUUGGAACUCAGGACUAGAUUUCAGAGACCAGCGAGGCGGGGCAGAAGAGAGGACUCUGUGCCUUUAAAUGAGAGGGUGCCUGCUUCUUGCGAUAAAGCCAAAGCCAUUAAAAAAUAGAUCCCUUUUUUGCUGUG